CGUUAGCAUCGCUUUGAUGUUCGUUCAGUUGAGAUUCAGAAAAAACGACCGAGCGACAUGGUUUACCUAUCUGUACGAAGAACACUUGGCUUUGGAUACAUCUGUAAGGUUUCACAAACUGCGGAACUUCAUUUUUAUCCUUUACACCGCAGUGCCGUGAAGCCUUUUCCUACUAUGACUGGUGUACGCGAGUCCGUCCGAGGAGAGACCAAUGGAUCUCAGCUCCCAGAACGUGGACAAAGGUGUAAUGAGAGCGCUGGUCAUGGACAGAUGAUGGACGUGGAGACGUCGUACUCGGACUUCAUCAACUGCGAUCGCACAGGCCGCAGGAACGCAGUGCCCGACAUCGCAGGGGAGGGGAAAGCAGGGGCCAGCACCAGUGAACUCACCAAAGACCUGGCGGAGAUGGACCUGAAGGCUGCAGCGCACUCUCGUGGCAGGAUUCUUGUUUUUUUCCCCGUUGGACACGGGAGGCGUCGGAGCUGUGAAGGGGGCGAGUCCCGGCCUCUCCAUUAACGAGAUCGGCUCUGAGCCGUUCCAGAGCCACACUUUCUUUUUUUUUUACUGAAUACGGAAUCUGUGUACAUUAGGGGGACGGCCGCAGGAAGCCAGUGUUUAGGUUUCGAUCGCAGUUACACUUCCCAGUGGUCCCAUUAAUCUCUUUAUACAAUAUGGGAGCUGCAGGUUAUCUGCACGGCGGUGUAGUUUUCCUCACCGAUCUUUUCAAGUGCAAGGGUUGAAGAAGCUUUUAGCAAUGAAAAGUGCUCUAUAAAUGAAAUGUAUUAUUAUUAUUAUUGUUAUUAUUAUUAUAGAAAUGUCAUCUCUAUAUUAUGACGAAGGUGUGUACAAACUCGAUGAGCACCUUAUUAGGAACACCAUUCUAGCUGCGCAUUAACGCUGUGACUCUCCCCCACCUCCACUUCCCAAAGGUGUUUUUCCGUUGGAUUCAGCUCUGGUGACCUGUGACGCCACUGAAAUACCCUAUAUAUCAUAAACAUCCUCAGAGGAUGUGGUGUUUUUACUGGAUGAUUGGCCGGUAAGUAAGUGUCCUGCGUGUGACAGGAACACAAUCACCGCGCCAUUAGGGCUGCGUCUCACGAUUAUUUUCAUAAACAAUUAAUCUGUGGAGUAUUUUCUCGAUUAGUUGAUUGGUCCAUAAAAAUGUCAUAAAAUGGUGGAAAUGUCGAUUGUGUUUCCCCCAAACUCCAAGAUGAUGUUUU